CACCGACACAGGCGAUAUGAGUACGAAAUUCAUAAUUGAUAGUAUGCUACCUGCUAAGUACCAGCAAUUUCACCCUCAACAGUUGUUUUCAAGCGCGACUCCAGGUACCAUUCAGGCGUGUACGACGAGUCCGGCAACCGCGAGCCUAGAAUCGAGUUUAUCCGCGGCUGCAGUAGCGGCCGCGGCAGUCAAUUACGCACAGCAGCACAAUUCACCGAGCCCGACGGGUUCGAGCCCUCAGCACUCGGGAAGCUCCGCUUCUACGUCACCGGCGGCACGUACGACAUCCAGCAUGUAUCCAUACGUGUCCGCCGCAGCGGCGCAUCAUCAUCAUCAGCAACAGCAAGCGGUCGCGGCCGCCGCAUUCGGCGCUACGUCCAGCAUGGUACCCGGUUUCGGCUCCACGGCGGCAUCCAGCGCUGCCCUGGCCGCCGCCGCCGCGGUAGACGCCGCGACCGCCGGCGACAAAUCCUGCCGUUACACAGCUAGUCUGACCGGCAAUGUGGCACCUGCAUCGGCCGAUCCUAUGGUUAACUAUACCCUGGGCCACCAUCAUCAAAACGGCGCUACACCCGGUAGCCUUGUUUCCUCCGCGUCAGCAUCCUCGGCCGUGUCAGCCGCUUCGGCGUCUAUGGCAGCGGCGGCACAGUUCUACCAUCAGGCGGCUGCCGCAUCGGCUGUGGUCGAUCCUUUGACGUCCUGCCAACAGCCCACCACUGGUCAACCUGGAAUCUCGGACAUACCUCGGUAUCCAUGGAUGUCGAUUACCGAUUGGAUGAGUCCAUUUGACAGAGUGGUGUGCGGUCCAAAUGGCUGUCCGAGGCGCAGAGGUCGACAGACAUACACGCGGUUCCAAACACUGGAAUUAGAAAAAGAGUUUCACUUUAAUCACUAUCUGACGCGACGACGGCGAAUAGAGAUCGCGCAUGCCCUCUGCCUGACGGAACGACAGAUCAAGAUCUGGUUCCAAAAUCGGCGGAUGAAGCUGAAAAAGGAGUUAAGGGCAGUCAAAGAGAUCAACGAGCAAGCCAGACGCGAACGCGAGGAGCAAGACAUGAUGAAAAAACAGCAGGCGGAGAAACAGGCCAAGUUACAGCAGGAGCAGCAGAGCGCCGCUCUUCAGCAUCAGCAACAGCAUCACGUAAGCGGCCUGGAAAAAACGCAAAACGAUCUUCUGAAGGCAGUCAGCAAGGUACCCACAUAGGAUACCUUACUGAGCCGACUCUCUUUCUUUUAAGGAAGACACAAGAGACUGGAGCGGCCUGGACGAAGACUCCGAAGCGAAGUAGUUGGUAAGGUCGAUCACGUAGAAGAUCCUGAGUUCUCUUCCUCUCAUCUUCGCACGCGAGAAAACAGGUACGAAACAGGUACAUCUGAUGCAAAGAUUUUUGCGAUCUUCCUCGAACCGGUGCUUGCAAGCAGAGGACCUUGCGGAUGCGGUCAUCGGAGUUUUUUUAUCGAGAGGGGGAAGAUAGCGAGGAUUUAGGAUGCCUGGAAGAUACACAAAGCGCGAUCUUCUCUGGGCGAAUAAAAAAGGUACGACGAAUGCCUUGCUGAGUCGGUUCUCUCUUUUGUUCUUUUAAGUCAGAAAGAAAAAUAAGUAGAUGUUACAGUAGUAAAAACUCGAAGGAUAGAAAAUGAACGCACCCCACCCCAGCUACGUACUUACUUGGCUAGCCCCUAAAGGGUGACAUGCGAAACCGCCUCGCACGGGGCUCAGCCUGUGACUGAUUCCUAGAACGUAUAAUGUAUAUUGUUAAUCGGGUGCUACACAAUGAGCCAUCGUGAUUAUCAAGCGAUGAACGUACGAAUUGGCGCGAUACUGCCAUGGAGAGCCAACAAUUACGUCGAGGCGGUGAGUAGACUAGUUAAAUCGACCGAAACUGAAGGAUUAAUAGUCGUAUGGGCUGAUCGAAUCAUUAACGGCAACAUUACAAUUAAUUGAUCGAAUCCUGAGGGAAGGAAGUAAUUAAAUUAAAUAGCACAAGCGAACCGGCAUCUAAUUGCAAGAAAACAGCCAGUUAGCUAAAGAGUUUGACUAAUCUGCGAUUCAUCGCUUAUCUAUGUAUGAAUCUUCGUUGAUUAGCUGAACCUCCUUGCAGGAUGCGUUAUUAUUCCGAAGAAAAAAUACGGUGACGCGAUUUCGAGGAAACGAUCUUGUCACUUUCAAUGUUGAAAUAUUUUACCUUCAAUGUCAUGCAAAUAUUCCGCUUCCCUCGUACGAUCACGAAGCGAAAUUGGAAGAGGCAUAAAAUUCGCAACAUUUUUAUUGGAAUAACGAACAUGUCUCUCGCACGAUUGCGGAUUUCCAGUAUUCCUUCUAGAUAUCGAUCUAUAAUUAUAAAUACGGGCAUACAUAAUUUCUUUCUACAUCGCUUACUGAGUAAAAAAGAUUUUAUUUUCACACAUUUUCUUUUUAAACAAGUUAGCCAAUGUUAUCUAUGCUGAUUUCGUGUAUUAAAUUUUUUAACUAUCCAUGAAACAAAUAAUCAUUAGCUAUAUAGCAAGUUCCACACAUGAAUUUUAUAGAGAAAAUUAGUGCAAUUUUCUAGCUUGAAAAAAAAA